AUGGAACCAAGGCUUGCUCUAACAAAAGAUGAAGAUGGAGUGUCAGUCAAUGCCACUGACUACCGGCGACUUAUUGGUAGCCUCCGUUACCUCAUUCACUCGAGACCGGACCUUAGCUACUCAGUUGGAGUAGUGAGUAGGUACAUGGAAUCUCCAAACGAAAGCCACCUUAAGGCAGUCAAACAUAUUUUAAUGUACAUAAAGGGAACAACCAACUUUGGUUUAGUAUACAAGAAAGGCGGAAACAGAAAGUUGAUUGGCUUCAGUGAUAGCAACUAUGGAAUGGAUGUUGAUGGUAGAAAGGGCACAACAGGGAUGGUAUUUUACUUUUCUGGGAAUCCAAUAACAUGUUCAUCCCAGAAACAACAAACUGUAGCCUUGUCUUCGUGUGAAGCAGAAUUCAUGGUUGCAACCGCAACAGCAUGCCAAGCACUAUGGUUAAGAAGUUUGCUGAAGGAGCUAACUGGUUGGAAGGAAGAAAGUGUCAGGAUGAAGCAAAUUGAUGUGAAACACAUUAGUGGUGAGGAACAAAGAGCAAAUCCCUUGACAAAAGCUUUGCCAAGACCCAAGUUCUUAGAGAUGAGAGAUCUUUUGGGAGUUAUAAGGCUUGAGGACAAAGGUGGUGAAUCUUCAAGUUCAGUACAUGAUGCACAAUAUUUUGAUGAUAUAAUUGGAGAACAUGUCGAUAUGCCAGAUGUACAUGUUCAACUUAUUCCAUUUAAGGGUUUAAUCUUCAAAUCAUUAAAGUUGGCUAUCAAAAUGUAUUCUGAGUAUGCUGAAAUUGGUGGUUUUGAUAAAAAGAAAUCUUGUGACACAUUAAGUACAAGUGGUGUUAGGAGGAAACAAAAUUCAAAUUCAAGAGCUAUUGGUUGUCAAGCAAAGAUUAUAUUUGAAUCUGUGUAUGGAACUCCAGAUUAUAAAGUUUUUCAGUUUGAUGAACUUCACAACCAUCUACUUGAGAAGAGAAGCGAUUUAAAAAAGGCGAGACAAAUGUCAUAUUCAGAAAAAGAGUUUAUUGUGCGUGCUUCCACAUCAAAAAUAGGUCCAACUAUGGCUCAUAAGUUGAGGGCAAGUCUGAGAGAUGACGUUUUGGACUGUAUGUUUUGGGCUGAUGAAAUGGAGAAGGCGUAUUAUGCUGAAUUUGGUGAUGUUAUCUCGUUUGAUGCGACUUUCCAAACAAACAAGUAUCGAAUGGUUUUUGUUCCGUUUACUGCUAUUGACCAUCAUAAAAAAUCGGUUACUGUUGGAUCUGGGUUGCUAAGCAAUGAAAGCAUUGAGUCUUACUCUUGGUUGCUUAAAGCAUUUCUUAAAACUCAUGGGAAAGAACCAACACUUGUUUUAACCGAUCAAGAUGCUGCAAUAAAACAAGCUGUUGAGAAUGUGUUUCAUAAUUCAAAGCACUGA